AUGCCCCCUCGGCGGUCCCGGGCGGAGCUGCCACCUCGGAGCAAACCCUCUGAAAACCGAGAGGGCGAGAAGCAGGCUGCCUUCCAAGGAUUCCAGGUCUCUGUGCAUGUGAGGUGUGAAGGUGGGCAGGACCCCAAAGAACAAAUCAUGGAUUUUGUUAUGAAACAAGCUCUAGGAGGGGCUACCAAAGACAUGGGGAAGAUGCUGGGUGGGGAUGAGGAGAAAGACCCAGAUGCUGCUAAGAAAGAAGAGGAACGACAGGAAGCUCUUCGGCAGCAAGAGGAAGAGAGGAAAGCCAAAUAUGCCAAGAUGGAGGCUGAAAGAGAAGUUAUGAGACAAGGGAUUCGAGACAAGUAUGGCAUAAAGAAGAAGGAAGAAAAGGAAGCAGAGGCCCAGGCUGCACUGGAAGCUAAUGCUGAAGGGAGUCUGACACGCCCAAAGAAGGCGAUCCCUCCUGGAUGUGGGGAUGAGGAGGAGGAAGAAGAAGAGAGCAUCCUAGACACAGUCAUCAAAUACUUACCAGGGCCCCUGCAGGACAUGUUCAAGAAGUAA